ACUGAUUCUGAAGCAGCCACUUUAAUCACUUCUACUAUUGACCACAGAGAUCAUUACUUCGUCAUUGGUGCUACUAACCCAGAAGCCGGUGAUUUAUCAUCCUUGAUGGCUGAAGCUGAAGCUAAGGGUAUCUACGGUGACAAAUUAGCCGCCAUUGAAGUUGAAUGGACCAAGAAGGCUGGUUUGAAGUUGUUCCACGAAGCUGUCAUUGACCAAAUCAAGGCUGGUAACUACUCUAACAAGGAUGCUUUAAUCAAGAAGUUCACUGACAAGGUUAACCCAUUAUCUUUGACUUCCAACAAGGAAGCCAGAAAGUUCGCUAAGGAAUUAUUGGGUAAGGAAGUUUUCUUCGACUGGGAAGUCUCCAGAGCAAGAGAAGGUUACUACAGAUACCAAGGUGGUACCCAAUGUGCCGUUAUGAGAGGUAGAGCUUUCGCUCCAUAUGCUGAUUUAAUCUGGAUGGAAUCUGCUUUACCAGACUACAACCAAGCAAAGGAAUUUGCUGAAGGUGUCAAGGCUCAAUGGCCAAACCAAUGGUUAGCUUACAACUUGUCUCCAUCUUUCAACUGGAACAAAGCAAUGCCAGCUGAUGAACAAGAAACUUACAUUAAGAGAUUAGGAAAGUUAGGUUACGUCUGGCAAUUCAUUACCUUAGCAGGUUUACAUACCACCGCUUUAGCUGUUGACAACUUCUCCAGACAAUACGCUGAAAUUGGUAUGAAGGCUUACGGACAAACUGUUCAAGAUAAGGAAAUUGAACAAGGUGUUGAAGUUGUUAAGCAUCAAAAAUGGUCCGGAGCUGAAUACAUCGAUGGUUUGUUGAAGAUGGUUACCGGUGGUAUUUCAUCUACUGCCGCUAUGGGUGCUGGUGUCACUGAAGACCAAUUCAAGCACUAG